AUGGUAGAACAAGAAGAGAAACAAAUCCUACCCUAUCAAGAAUCUGUUAAGGUGGUGAACUUAGGGAGUGAAAGAAAGGAACAAGAAGUGAAGAUUGGGACUUCUAUUUCAGAAGACACCAAGCGGGAUUUGAUCACCUUGCUCCGUGAGUACAAGGAUGUAUUUGCCUGGUCUUAUCAGGAUAUGCCAAGGUUGAACACAGAUAUUGUGGUCCAUAAGCUCCCACUUCGAACAACAGAGGAAUACGAUCCUUUGAGAUUUGAUUUCCUAGAUGAAGACUUGAAGUUCAUUUCAGAAAAAGAAGGUGAGUCAUCAAAAGAAAAUUCAUGGAAGAUAAGCUUUGAUGGUGCAUCAAAUACAUUGGGGCAUGGGAUCGGAGCAAUCUUAGUGUCACCGGAAGGGAACCAUUACCCACUCACUACUAGAUUGAAAUUCUUUUGUACCAAUAAUAUAGCUUGCAUCAUGGGACUUCUUGCUACUAUCAAGAGGAAAAUUGAAAUUUUAGAGGUACACAGGGACUCAGCAUUAGCCAUUUAUCAAAUCCCUGGAGAUUGCGAACCGAGGGAUCUAAAAUUAGUCAAGUAUCACGAUCUCAUUACAAAAUUGGUCAAAGAAUUCAAAGAAGUGACUUUUAAGUACUUUCCACGAGAAGAGAACCAAUUGGCUGAUGCCCUGGCCACCCUAGCUUCAAUGUUCAAAGCAAACAGAGAAACUGAAAUAAUGCCUAUCUAA